CUUCGUCUUCUUGACUACCGUUCCCGUUUCCCCAGUACUUCGCCGCAGUUCACGGCUCCACCAUCCUCGUCUACAACAUGUGGACUCUAGAAGUGAUAGCACACUUCAAAGGCCACCAAUCAAAGAUCCGCUCCAUCAGCUGGUCCGCGGACGACUCUCGCAUCAUGUCGUGCGGGCUCGAAGGAUGCGUGUACGAAUACAACGUCCGAACGUUCAAGCGGGAGACGGAACUCUCUGCGCCGAACGUGACGUUCAAUCAGGCGAUUUAUACGCAUGAUAAUAAACUUGCUUUUGCUAUUGGGAGUGAUGGAGUCUUGAGGGAGCUGAGCGAUGGACACGUUUUCCGGGAGUUCUCUACGAAGCUGCCUUUGAAACACAUUGCGGUUACUCGAAACGGCAAAAUUGCUCUGGCCUCGACUGCUAAUCAUACUCUCCGUGCCCUGAAAUAUCCAUUCCCUCAAGAGAAUCCCUACGAGUACACGGAGUACUCGUAUCACACCGGGCCUAUAAACCGCCUCUGCCUCUCUUACGAUGAUCAGUACGCGUUCACCUGCGGAGAGGACGGCUGUCUGUGGUUCUUCCGCCUGAGCGAGAAGGAGGCGAGAGCAGCGAAGAGGGAGAAAGAUUACGGAUAUAGCGAUGAGGUAUGAUAGUGGCUAAAAGCAUUUAUCGUAGCGAUUGGCAUUGAUAUGGUGCUUGGCACAGAUUCUCGUCACAAAGUCCGACCUCAGAACAAAGUUCAAGACGCAAUCCG